ACAAUUAUGUAAGUAAGCAAUUUCUACUUUAGAAACAGUCGUACAUUGGCCGAUUGCCGCCAACGGCGUUGUUUCCAUGUUCCGACGACAUUCAACCGCCAACCGUCGCGCGUGCCUUCCUUUCUCAUUCGUCAUCUGCUUCCAAUCCCACAGUAUACAAUCGCACAUACAGUCACAUUUAUAUAGUUGCGAUCUAGCUGGAUUUGAGCUCGAAUUGCAACACCCUUAGGAAAAUUCAACGCGUCGCUCCUGCCCCCCUGGAUCCGCCACUGACGCCAAGAGAUCUCAGUGCAGUUCAACCACUUCAGAUUCAAAAUUUGCAGACUAAUACAUGAAACCAUAGUGGAAUCUGCCAAAUUAUAUAUUCUUGUUUCCUCGAUUUGUCGUCCCAAAUUGCAGUUUAUUCGAUUGGGAAGCGAUGCCUAAAUCAAAAUACGAGACCCCUGCAGUUCGUGUUUAUACAGUUUGUGAUGAAUCAAGGUACCUGAUUGUUAGGAAUGUUCCUUCUUUGGGUUGUGGAGAUGAGCUCUUGAAAUUGUUCUCUACUUAUGGCCGAGUUGCAGAAUGUAAGCCGAUGGAUUCGGAAGAAUGUGAGGCUUAUACCGAUGUUUAUUGGAUCAAAUUUCAUCAACUCAGCAAUGCUAGGUUUGCCAAAAGAAAGAUAGACGAGUCUGUGUUUCUAGGAAACCAAAUACAAGUGACAUAUGCACCCGAGUAUGAGAGCCUCUCUGACACAAAAGAGAAGUUAGAAGGACGGAGGAAGGAAGUUCUAGCACGACUUAACCCAAGAAGAUCUAAAGGCCAUUCGGAUUCUAGGAGAGAGCCUUCCUCAGCUUCCACUCCUUCGAUCAAGGGGUCAGGUCCCCCUACUUCUUCUUCCUUAUCUCAAAGGAAAUUGGGCGAGUCACGGGCUGGUAUCACAGGACAUGCUUCCUCCAUGCCAUUAGUCUCUUCGGAUAAGGAAUAUUUUCCAUCAGAAUCGAUGAAUCAAACGGUUAAGUUGGUUAGGGAGAAACUGAAUAAGAUAGAAUCAAGUUCCGAGCAUGGGGCGUUGGGGUCCUCCAAGAAGGCGCGUGUCGACAAUAGAAGAAGAAUCUAGAAAUAUAAUGUGAAUAUACAUAUGUAUUGUAUUUGAAUUUUCAUCGAUGUGGUAAUGUGUAUGCUUCGAGUUUGCUUAUCACAAACUAACCACUGAGGUGGAGUAUUUUACCA